CAGAAUUUUGUGAAGUCGAUCAUGCAGUUCAUGUCCCUUAGGUAACGUUUUAGAGCCCUUUCAGACGAGGAUACCGUAUGCGAGAUACAGUAUCCGAGAUACAGUAUCCGAGAUACAGAAUUACGACCGGAUACUUUUUUACUUCUGUAUCGCAUACCGCCUUGUUAUACGCAAAAUAGACGCAGUGUAGUGCAGUUGUAAUAAUUAUGGAAAUAGAAGAGUGUAUCGCGGUGUGGUAUUUAUUAAAUAAUAAGGAGAAGAAACUAAAAAGGAGACGUAGUUUGUGGGUUCAUCCCAUGUUGGGAUUAAGAGAAAGCAAAGGAACGUAUAAUUUAUUACAUGAAGAUUUGUUGCAAGAUCCAUCGAAGUUUUUCAAUUAUUAUCGAAUGUCUAUUCAGUCCUUUGAGAAACUUCAUAAUAUUUUGGAAAACAAACUAAUUAAAAAGGACACAACUAUGCGUAGAAGUAUUUCGUCAAAAGAACGACUAUCUAUGACAUUAAGGUACCUGGCGACUGGUUGCUCCCUUACUGAGCUACAUUAUAACUACAGAGUUGGAAUUUCAACAGCGAGCGAAAUAAUUCAGGAAACAUGCAAGCUAAUUUGGAUAUUUAUGAAAGAACAAUGUAUACCAAAGCCCACACGAGAAAAAUGGUUAGAAAUCGCAGACGGUUUUUUGAAAAAUGCAAAUUAUCCACACUGUUUGGGUGCCAUAGACGGAAAACAUAUCCGGGUUAUAAAACCACAACAUAGUGGUUCUCUUUAUUUUAACUAUAAACAUUUUUUUUCAAUACAACUACUGGCGAUGUGUGACGCGAAUUAUUGCUUCACAUUUGUAGAUAUUGAAGAUUAUGGGAAAAACAGUGAUUCAAGCAUUUUUACGAAUUCACAUUUUUAUAAGAACUUAAGCUCAAAAAAGCUAGAUCUUCCCAAUCCAGAUUUUUUGCCACAAAAGAAUGAUUACAAAAUCCCAUAUGUUAUUGUUGGAGACGAAGCAUUUGGUUUAUCCUCAUGUUAUGAGGCCAUAUGGUGGAAAAAAUCUGACAUUAAAAAAGAGAAUACAUAAUUACCGGUUAACUCGAGCACGAAGAUAUAUUGAGUGUACUUUUGGAAUACUUUCUAACAAGUGGAGAAUAUUUCGCAGACCACUCAACGUGUCAAUAGAUUUUGCUGUUGACAUAGUUAUAGCUUGUACUGUACUCCAUAAUUUUGUUCGUGUACUAGAUGGAUAUAAACAUGAAGAUGCCUUAUCCGUCCAAGGAUUUUAUGAUGCUAAUGUUGCAAAAACAGGAGCGUGUUCUUCAAGAUCAGCGACUGCUAUUCGUGACUAUUUUGCUGACUAUUUCAUGAAUACUGAUAUAUUACCAUGGCUGAAUAGUUGUAUCAUGUGAACUAGUGCUGUUGAAAUUUUGAAAUUUAUUUUUAUUCCUAAUAUUUCUGAAAUAUUCGUUUCUUAUGUCUAAAUUAGAUUGUGUUUUAGUUUUAACUAAAAUAUAGUAAAAUCUAUCUAUAGGAACUAAGUAUUUUUGGGACAAUAAAUUUUAAUGAAAAUAAUCCCAUAUGUAAACUUUUUA